GCCCCCAGCACUUCCUAGUCCCUGGCCAGGUCCCCCAGCCCGGAGCUGGGAUCCUGCUGAAUGCUGUGAGGCCAGAUCCUGGCGCGGGCCUCUACUCUGUCCCUGGACUCGGGACUGGACGCGGAGAACGGGGCGCUGUCUCCCAGGGUCCCCACCCUCAGCCAGGCGGGUACCACGGCAGGGGCUGAGCCAGCCUCAUGGAAGGGAGAGGACCAUACCGGAUCUACGACCCUGGGGGCGGCGUGCCUCUGGGAGAGGCGUCCGCAGCUUUUGAGCGCCUAGUGGAGGAGAAUUCCCGACUGAAGGAAAAAAUGCAAGGGAUAAAGAUGUUAGGGGAACUUUUGGAAGAGUCCCAGAUGGAAGCAUCCAGGCUGCGGCAGAAGGCAGAGGAGCUGGUCAAGGACAGUGAGCCACUCCCACCGCCAUCUCCCUCUUUGGCCUCCUUCAGUGACCUGGCUGAGCUCGCAGGAAAGGACACAGCUGUCCCAGCAACCCCUGCUGACCCGGCACACCCAAGCGACAAGCCAGAGCCAGUCCCCAAACCUCCAUCCAGUAACACCUCCUCUGAAUUUGAACUGGUCCCCGCCGAGGGUUCUUCUUCACCGGAGAGCAGCGGCCACACCAGAAAUACGAUGGAGCUGGGCCCCCUGCCCCAGGAGGACAGCAACCUGAUGCUGCACCUGCAGCGCCUGGAGACCACCCUGAGCGUUUGCGCCGAGGAGCCCGACCACAGCCAGCUCUUCACGCACCUGGGCCGCAUGGCCCUCGAGUUCAACCGGCUGGCCUCCAAGGUGCACAAGAACGAGCAGCGUACCUCCAUCCUACAGACGCUCUGUGAGCAGCUUCGGAAAGAGAAUGAGGCCCUGAAGUCCAAGCUUGAUAAGGGCCUGGAACAGCGGGAUCAGGCUGCUGAGAGGCUGCGGGAGGAAAACCUGGAACUUAGGAAGUUGUUGAUGAGCAGCAGUAAAGAUGGUACCUCUGGGCGACCAGGCUCACCAAAGAUGGAAGGCGCAGGCAAGAAGGGGGCGGCGACACUGCAGCAGACUGAUGCUGUGGAUUUGGACAAGAAGACCACAGGAGUGACAUCUUGUAACACGUCAAGGGCUGGUGUGACGACAGGUAAAACCCCAGAGCUGGGGGCCCUGGGUGCGGCUGAGAAGAAGGUGAGGCUGCUGGAACAGCAGCGCGCAGAGCUGCUGGAAGUGAACAAGCAAUGGGACCAGCAUUUCCGGUCCAUGAAGCAGCAGUACGAGCAGAAGAUCACAGAGCUGCGACAGAAGCUGGCAGACCUGCAGAAGCAGGUGACCGACCUGGAGGCCGAGCGGGAGCAGAAGCAGCGCGACUUUGACCGCAAGCUGCUCCUGGCCAAGUCCAAGAUAGAAAUGGAGGAGACUGACAGGGAGCACCUGACCGCAGAGGCCAAGGAGCUGCGCCAGAAGGUCAAGUACCUGCAGGACCAGCUGAGCCCCCUCACCCGGCAGCGGGAGUACCAGGAAAAGGAAAUCCAGCGGCUCAACAAG